AUGUCGACGGCUGUUGCAUCCGCGACACCAGCGGCGUUGUCAUCGCCACAUACCACCCGCGAUCCCAGUCCGAAAAACUGCCAGACCUUGGCCCCUCCAGGUCCGGCAAAUUCAUCUCCACCCCGGAUGGCGACCUCUCGAGAUAGAUCAGUUGCCAAAGCCUCUCCAGAGAACAAAGAUCCGUCAUCACCAUCACAAGGUAGCGCUGGUCCCAAGAUUACCGUGAAAAAGGAACCGGCCUCGUCACCCCGCAUGCAGAGUCGCCCGCGACCUCGGAGAUUGGAUCUGUCAACGAGCCUUCCCUCGUCGAGCGGCUUGCAGGUCCGUCCGCCGGGAGGACCCAUGACGGCGAGUAUGCAGGAAGUAGGCCUGGCGUGUUUAUCGCCCGGUUUCCAGACUCACAACCCCACGAUGAGACAACAAAUCCAGCGCAGUCUCUCCGUGAGGGAUCAACAGCGAUCAAUAAUCGAGGCGCGACUACAGAAAUCGGCCAAGGAUGACGGUCCUGAUGGCAUCAAACCAUCCGAGGUCGGUUUUAUGGGUAUGCCGAAGAGUAGCUCCAAGCGAAGGCCUCCGCCAGGUCUCUCGAUCGUCCCACCAUCCGCGUCGCAAUUCGCCAACGAGCGCGUUAUUCAAUCAGCUCCACUCCAUCAGACCUUCAGUGGUGGACGAUAUCAGCCACAGCCAUUGACUCGGCAUGUUGCCAAUCAGAGCCCGACUCUCGGCUCAACCUCUCACAUGCACCAUAUUCCAGCUACUCAGACAAAUAAUCGCCUUCCUCCCCUGUCCGAUGUAUUUGGUUCUGAUGCGUUGGGUCGGGAUCGCGAUGCGCGCCCUGGCCUCUAUCCGACUGCAUCGAGUAGCAACUCCUCGCAGUCUAACCUCGCACCGAUGCCCUCUCCAGGUCUACCGGGCAGCAUGUCUCUAACUCCCAGUCGGGCCCGUGAGUACCGAUCUGCGGAGGAAGCUGUACAGGAGCUGUCCGGCGGACGGGAAGAGCUGCUUCCCCGAAUGGUGCAUUAUGGAGGUCACCAACCACCAACCCCGCCAUCUCCACAUGUCAUUCAUACUGUCCCAAAGACCGCGUCUUUGGCACACGAAGGAAUUGUGCCGGGUGCGCUGGGUGCGCCUCCAGCUGUAAUUCUCCAGAACGCAGAUACUACCGCUCGUCGUCGCCCUCGCAGCGAGUAUGAACAUGAUAACGGGACCCCACCUCUCGGUUAUGGGCCAGAUCAUUACCGUCCAAAUCCCGCUGCAGCCAGCCAUGGUCCAUUCGGCGCAGGCAGGGACUCUCCAGAAACACAGCGGCGGAAGAAGGAAGAGUUCCUCGGCCUCUGCGCACGAGCUUGGGAUCUAUUCCACAAUUAA